AUGCAAUUCUUCAGUGUUCUUCUCGCUUUGGCUCUUCUCUCAUGUGCCAACGCUUAUUAUGUAAGUUUCUUUUCUAAGAACUCAAAUUUUGAACAAAAUUAUUUUCAGCUUUACUAUUAUUAUCCAAACUCGAACUCGAACUACAAUACUGGAACAACUUAUUACUAUUAUCCAAAUAAUAACAACAACAACAACGGACAAACAUAUUAUUACGAUAACGGUAAGAUUCGAUCUUUGAAAAAUCUGGAAAACUAAAAUUAUCAAUUUUAGGAUAUUCAGGAAACACUGGAACAACUUACUACUAUUAUCCAAACAAUUACAACAGUGGAUACAACUACAACACCAGUCCAUACACCACAUAUUAUUACACUUACGGACGUAAAUAA